UGAUUGGCUCUCCGAAAAGAAAGUGGCGCUGUCAUAGGACCACGUUCAAGCCGCCUGCGCUCGACUGCAGAGCUAAACUGCAAAAACAUUCACCUGUACCUUUCCCCCAUGUGUGUUCCUCUGCUUUAAGAUGCACACAAUGUGAAUAGAGUCAUGUUUGAGUCCAUCCAUUGCUCUGCAUGCUUCAUGCCUGAAAUCUAAGACCAGAGUAAUCAACCACCCACCCUGCGCUGUGCACACAGUCUAUGGCUAUAGCAUCGACUGGACUGGAUGCUACAGCAGGAAAGUGGCCUACAUAAGAAGGAUAGAUCUAUCUCCACAGCAUCCUGCUCGCUGUGGAUAGGGAAGUCCUCUCUGUGAUCCCAUCUUUAAAUCAGACUUGUUCUCCGCUGUAGGCAGGAUGUCGUGCAAACCUUGGCCUAAAGGGAAGAAACUAGUGCAUCUUGAUUUGAAAGGUGCCCCCCCGAGGGUCGGGUACCUCCACCAGCUGAUCGAGUUCUUCUCUCAGCUGGGAGUGGAUGGCCUGCUGGUGGAGUAUGAGGACAUGUUUCCUUAUGGGGGGGAGCUGAAACUGCUGCAGUCCUCAGCUCAGCCUGUAUACAGUCGAGAGGAGGUGUUGUCUAUGCAGGAGUUUGCAAAGUCUAAGGGUAUGGAGGUCAUCCCACUCGUGCAGACGUUUGGUCACAUGGAGUUUGUGUUGAAGCACCGGACUCUGUGGGGGCUGAGAGAGGUGCCGUACUGUGUCGGCACCCUGAAUCCUCACAAGCAGGAGGGAGUACGGCUGGUGAUGGAGAUGCUGAGGCAGGUGGUGGAGCUGCAUCCAGGACUAAAAACCCUGCACAUCGGAGCAGACGAGGUGUACAUCCUUGGUGAGGGGGAGGAGUCCAAGCUGUGGUUGGCCACACCAGGACGCACAGUGGAGCAGCUUUUUCUGAGUCAUGUGACCAAGGUGGCAAGAGCCAUCAAGAAGGCAUGGCCACACAUGAGCAUCAUUAUGUGGGAUGAUAUGAUGAGAAGCAUGAGUCAGGACACACUGAAAGAUAGCGGCCUUGUGGGACUAGUCCAGCCAAUGUUGUGGGACUACACUCCGAACCUGGAUGUUGACAAAACAGUAUCUCUGUUGGAGAAGUACUGCAGUGCUGGGAUGUCAGACCUGUGGACAGCCAGCUCCUUUAAAGGCUCCACCAGCGUCUACACGUGCGUGCCCAGCACUCAGAAACAUGUGGACAAUCAUCUGCAGUGGCUGAAGGUGGCUGCUUCUUUAUCUGCUCGUAUAAACCUGCACGGCAUCGCCAUCACAGGCUGGCAGAGGUACGACCACCUGUCAGUGCUGUGUGAGCUGAUGCCUGUGGCGCUCCCAUCACUAGCAGCCUGUCUGCAGACCCUCAGUCGUGGUCAGCUCAGCGUGGAGGAUCAAAUCAAGCUCUCUGAGAGGCUGGGUAUUUCCUCAGUGGAGGCGGAGGCCAUGGAGAGGACUUCUGCAGACAACUCCCUGUUCCCCGGGCAAAGACUUGCUGAGUUAAUCGUGGAGCUUAAUUCACUCCUGAACUCUGAGAACAUCCGAUUUUUUGAAAAUGACAUGUUUGUACGAGGAUGGUUCAGCCCCUACCACCAACGGAGGAAAAUGGUGACUCCUCUAAUAACCAUGCAGAUUCACAGCCAGGCAUCAACGUAUUUGACAAUGCUACAACAGAAGGUGGAGGCUUUGAGGGAGGAGAUGGUUCAACUUUACCCAGACUCAACUGCCCAGGAGUGGAUAGAGGAGCACGCCCGCCCAGUGAUGGCUCCUCUACAGAGGAUAACAGAGGAAAUCCGAGCCUGUGUGAAGGAGAUGGUGCCAUAGAGCGUUUGUUCAGUUCAGAAUCAAACUGUUUCGAAGACUUUUAUUUCUGCUUCUUGUAUUUAUCUUCAGUUUAUUUAAGCCUCAUUUUGCUUCCGAAUAGAAAACUGUUGUUUGUGACUUGCAUUGAUUAAAGCAAAGUAAAUAUUUAAAGAUGACAUUUGCAUACAAAAAACUUUAUAUUCCCAAAAAUGUAUGAAAUAAACACAGGCGGUAAACUGA